AUUCCCGGUUGUUCGGAUGAUUACGUUACUCCCGAAAUUAGUUUUAGCCAGACUUUCAAUAGUUUUUGAAAAUAACUGACCGCGUUUAAAAAGAGGCAACACUUUGAAUAUGUGAUCUUUUCACUGUUUGCAAUUACAUUAGUUACCGGAAAUCGAAAUGCAACUCAAUGGGACGUUCGACGUGAAGUUAGGUAAAAGUUUUCUAGAUCGAGAUUCAACAUCCUACAUGACCAUGCGUUGUGAUUUCAUGCCCGCUUCUGUCGAUCGUUCACAACCUGGGUCAAUCAAAGUAAACGAGAGCAAAGAAGUUGUUGUUAGCCUGCCCAACGUUACAAACUCUGGACCAGAUACAGCAACUUUGUUUCGUGGAACUGCACGUCCUGUUCAAAAAGAAUGUAUUUUGAUCUACAAUAAAAAGACCCAUGAAUUAACCUUGGAGAGAAUUGCACAUACUGUGCAGCUAAAGAAAACCCGAGAAGAACGAAAAGCUGACACCACUUGUCCGACCAACUCAGAAAUGCCACAGUUCCAGUCCUUGGCUAGCCGCUCAGAACAAGAUUUAAAAUCUGUUCGACCAUCUCCAACCAAAAGAAAAUCUAAUGAUCCCGAGAUAUCGACUUCGAGUUCUAUAGUACAACAGCCAACUCAAAAAAAGCCUCCACAUUCGAGAACGCUAAGUAGUAGUAGCAGCAGUAGUAGUAGUAAUAGUGGUACUUCUAGUAGUAGUUGUGACAUGGAUAUUGAAACAUCGGAGAGUGAUAGUGACAGCUCCUCAGAAAGUGAUUCAAAUUCAUCUACUCUUAGUAGUUUAUCAAAUGACAGAAACAAAACGUCGAAAGCAAAACCAUCUUCAAAUGGAAAAACUAAUACGAAAACGGCCAAUGCAACAAAUUUAGAGGCCCAUCGUAAACUGAUUGAACAUGAUUUAAAAUUAAGUGAUUCUGACUCUGAUUCUUGUGCAUAGAAUGUUCUAGGAAAAAAAGCUGUUUUCUGUGAUUUGUGCUGUAAAUAGUGAUUCUUACUACAAAAAGACAUUAAAGAAGUAUGUACCACUUUUCCGUAUAUGAUUAUCUCUUAUGAUUGAUUUUAUUUGUCUUUAAAUAAAUACUGCUAUUUACAUGUUCCAUUCUUCCUUGCAGUUAUGUGAAAAUUUCGUUUUAUUCCUUAUCUUUAUAUUCCAUAUAUAACUCAGAUGUUAUGCAGUCAAAUGAUCUUGUGAGAUUUAUUAACUCAUUUAAACCAAUAGCUGUUACACCAAGAUUAUAGUCAGAUCUACCUCUAGUGGUACUAAAUUCUAGUCAUUCUCUUCUCGAGUGUUCGUUCUAGCAGUCUUAUCAUCCCAUGUGUAUUGACUGGAGAAUGUUUCAGAUAGUUUAACCUUAAAGACAGUGAAUAGCAUUGACUUGAUCUGUGAUAUACUGUUAACAUUUACUACUCUGCCGAUAGAAUUAUAGGACUAUUGAUGUCAUUGCUUUUUCAUGGGUUUUGGAGCAGUUAUCCUUAUUAUUACAAAAACAAUGAAAAUCUAUGUAGAGUGCUUUUCAGUUUUCAAUACUACCAUAAAACCGAUAAGUGUCUUCUUUCUCGAUAAAUCCAUUUGUGUAUUUUCGGCAGAGACAAACUGAAAGCUCUUAACUGGUCAGUUAAUUUGGACAGUAAAUAUUAGGUCAAUCCUCAAACACCAUGUUGACCUUGUAUCUCUGUCUUUCGAUAUAGAACCUAUUCUAUGGGAAUUUUGAUUUUUAAUUUGUUUUCUUUUAAAGAGCGAUUCAGUGAUUUACCUGUUAAGUGAACAGACCAUAUCAUUAGUCGACUCUAGACAGCAAAUUAUUUCCUAUCUUUUUACACUAAUUGUAAAUUUAUUCUGUACUAAGAUAUGUUGCUUUAUUACUGAUAAUGACUCCGGAUUAGCCACCCAACAAUUUUAGUCAACUAUCUUAGAAUAACAUCAAGAAACAUUGUUUGUUUUAUUAACUCAAAUGUUGGUUUAGGAGCUUAACCUUUUAAACCAUCGAAAUCUGGUGUUUAUUGUCCUUCAACUACUGAGUUCCGAGUUAGUGAG